GCUGUUGUGAAACGUCUAUGAGAUGGUUGACUAAAUAUAAAUUACAUCUCAAUUUAGAGCAAUGCAGUUACAAUUUUUUUUUAUUCAUUGUUUACCUAAACACUGAUUAUGUUGUUAGGCAGUCAUGCCCAUUUGCACUGUGUUUAUCCACUAAUCUAAACAGCAGCAUUGUUGAUUCUGCCCUAACGAGCUCUCAGGUUAUGGCCCCACUCGCAGCUGCUGAUAAUAGCUAUUAUUACCAGCUGCUACGCAUCUACAAUGUAAGUGACCACUAUAUUAACCACAUAGUUACCAAGCAACAACAACAACAAAAGCAAAGUUGGGGGAACUGGGGGAAGAUGGAGAAUGACAGUAAGGGUUUGUGCGAGUGAACUCAGAGCCAAGUCAUUGGCAAUGCGGAUACACAGCCCUGUGUGUGUUUGCAUGUGUGUGUGCGCCUUUGCAUGAGCAAGUGCGUGAAUGUGAUUUGGACGGCGCUGUGCCUCUACAGUACUUGUUCCUCUACGUUAUACCUGAAAUUCACUUUCUCCUAAGCAAGCGGGUGUUCUCCCUUCGGGUCAAGAGCAGAGUCACAUCUCCCCACUGUACAAGCUCUCCCCCAGCGCACGGGGAGAGGAGAGCAGCCUCUGAAUCGAACCGGGAGUCGGGAGAACAGGGACAAAAGGGAGGUCCAGAGGAAACCACAUCAACCUUUCCCAUCCAUUCGUCUGUCCAUUCAUUCCCCCCAUCAUCAGUCAAGCCAGCUAGCGGAGUUUGUACCAGCAGCCAUGCAGGUGAUGUGGAGCCUCUAUGCCCUGCUAUGCCUCUGCCUCUGGGGGCAGUGCUCUUGUCGUGGCCGCAGGACCAAGCGAGCCACAGAGGACGAUGCCAAAAAGUGUUCCUACACCUUCAUGGUGCCUGAGCAGAAGAUUACAGGCCCCAUCUGUGCCAGCGCCACGGGCCCGGAAAUGGACAAAGAGAGGGUGACCCGCAUGGACAUGUCGGACGUGCGGGAGGUGCUGCACAAGCAGCGGAGCGAGAUCGAGACCCUGCAGCUGGUGGUGGACGUGGAUGGCAACCUGGUGAACGAGAUGAAGCUGUUGCGGAAGGAGAGCAGGAACAUGAACUCCAGGGUGACGCAGCUUUACAUGCAGCUGCUGCAUGAGAUCAUCCGGAAGAGGGAUAAUUCCUUGGAGCUGGCCCAGCUGGAAAACCGCGUCCUCAACGUGACCUCAGAGAUGCUGCGCUUGGCCUCCAGGUACAAGGACCUGGAGGCCCGCUUCGCCACCAUGGCGGGCGUGGUCAACAACCAGUCGCUGCUGAUCACCGCCCUGGAGGAGCAGUGCCUCAGUACCCUGGGCCGCGGAGAGCUUCCCGCUUCACCGCCGCUGGUGCAGGUGGUGCCGGAGAACUUGCCUGUCAACAGUCGAGUCACCAACGAGAUCCACAGGCACACCAACAACCGGGCUUUUCCUCGGGGAUCGCGUAUGGAGGCCCCGACCGCCAGCCCGUAUGGGAUCGACCCACCGCCUCCACAGGGGACACUCAGCUCGGAUGGUCCUUAUAAGGACUGCUUCCAGGUACGCCAGGCGGGCCACAGCAUUAGUGGGAUGUAUCUGCUGAAGCUUGACGGCAGUGAACGCCUGGUCCAGGCCUGGUGCGAGCACGGCCUGGACAACGGGGGAUGGACAGUGUUGCACCGGAGGAGAGACGGCUCCGUCAACUUCUUCAGAAACUGGGAGAAUUACAAGAAAGGCUUCGGGAACAUAGAUAGCGAGCACUGGCUGGGUCUGGACAACAUCUACCACCUGGGGAAACAGGGCGACUACAAGCUGCUGGUGGAGCUGGAGGACUGGACGGGCAAGAAGGUGUACGCCGAGUACAGCAGCUUCAGCCUGGAGUCUGAGAGCGAGGGCUACCGCCUGAGGCUGGGCACCUAUCAGGGCAACGCCGGGGACUCCCUCACCAGCAACAACGGCAAACAAUUCACCACUUUGGAUCGGGACAAGGACGCAUUCUCAGGUAACUGUGCCCACUUCCAUAAGGGCGGGUGGUGGUACAACGCCUGUGGUCAAACCAAUCUGAACGGGGUAUGGUACAGCGGCGGUAUUUACCGCAGCAAGCACCAAGAUGGAAUAUUUUGGGCAGAGUACAACGGGGGGUCCUACUCACUCAAGACUGUCCGCAUGAUGAUCCGACCCAUUGACUAAGUCUCAGGAUGAUGGCCCCUUUUAUGCCUUUGACCUUUUUUUUUUUUUUUUACCAAGAAUAGGAAGGCAAAAAGGCAGUACUUCGAUGGCCGGACAUUAUGAACUCCCACACACACACACGCGAGUGCGGUGGCAAACUGUCUUUCGGAUGGCGCUCCGAGAGGUUGCCAUCCAUGGGACCUUCCAGUAUUCCUCCCAGGUGCCAUUUUCUACCCACUAAUGUUAAAAUGUAACGUGCAUUUGGGGGUAGUAAGCAAUAGUAGAAAACAAUAUCAAUUUAAUUAUUCUAUUCUGUGUAGCCAGUUGAAAUGUUAUGUUGGACAAUCAAAAGAGACAGGCCUACACGUGCAGUCUGGUGCUUUAAAUACUACUGGUCGGAGAGUUUGGAUUUGUCCGUUGGGCUUUCCCACUAUUACGACCAGGAAAUGAACUCCUGGAACAAUCUGCGUGUCGAUUUUGUGGGUACAGCUGAGCUGGCUUAAGUAUGUAAAUAUCUUUGGCAUUAUUUUCAUGAGGUAAUUUAAGAGGUGCUCAGGCCUAAUAUUUCCAUUGGUCUCCAAGUAACCGUUCCCUUCUGUUAUUUAUCAGUGUAUUUAUAUUGAUUAUAGUCAAUCCAAUGCAACUUGUUUUAAAAAGGUGAUGAGUGCGUUUAACAAUCAACAACUUUAAGCGCCCAAGUAACUUACCAAUAGGCAUUAAAUCACACCCAAAAUAAUAUGUGGUGUAGUCUACAGUUACAUUUUACAAGGCUCGAAUUGCUUCCUUCAAACUGGCUUCCAGUUUCAACAUCUCAUCAACACGUUGUUGUAUCUCAUGCUCAUCAUGGAAGAUGAGCCUGCAUAUGAGCCCUGUUCUAAUAAAUGAGUCCUACAAUA